AUGCCACUCACAGUACCAUUCCCGAGUCCUAGCUGGGAUCUCUUGACGGCCACACACCCAUUUACGAACCCAUGCAAUCACCCAUCCGCGCAGGCGAAUGUCAAACCUGAGGUCCCGCUCCCACUCCCAGCCAACAAUAUGCCAGCCACAACAGAACAAGCAUGGCAUCGACACCUUCCUGUAUCUUCCCCGCCGCAGCCAACUGCAUUAUAUGCCGAGCCUCAAGCGGAUAUUAAUCGCACGCAUUCGGACGACGCAGAGUCUCUCUGCAUGGACAAGUCCGACACCCUCUCGUCAUCGUCACUCAACCCUAUCCAGCUCUAUGGCUGCGUAUCUCCCAGCGAGAAACACAAGCCAAUUCACUGCUCCCAUGGCCGCAAAGCGGCACCCAACCACGUCAAGCGACCAUGCAAUGCAUUCAUCCUGUUCCGAUCGCACGCAGUCGCGACCAGCCUAGUUCCAAAAGAGGUCGAGCGCGACCACCGCAACAUUAGCCGCAUCAUCUCGCAUAUGUGGCGCAGUCUUGACCCCGAGGAGCGCAAGCAGUGGGAGAAUCAAGCCGAGCUCGAAAAGGAGCGCCACCGCCGCGCACACCCAGACUACAAGUACAAGCCGUCCUCGCGGCGCGCGCAUAUUCCCCGCAGGAACAUACGCCGGCGAUCUAGUACUGAGCGCCAGUGUGAGCAAAUCGCCGACAUUAUCCUCAAGUCCUACGGCCGCUCCGGUGUCAAGCAACACUGCGCAAAUGCUUGUAUCCGCAGUGCGACCGGGCAUGCUAUCGCCGAAAGCGAGCGCGGGCGCGAUAUGACCAAGGCAUGCCAUGUCAUGCCCCGCCGCAGUCUCAGCAGCGAUUCUGCCAUGGCAAUCCUGAACCACACGCCAUGGGAAAUGGACCCUUGCCUCUGGCCGCCGAACUCGCCCAGUCUGUGCGUCCCGUCGUGUAUCCCUUCCAUGCCCCGCCGCUCCUUGUCUGCGCCGCCGAUACAGCGUGGAAUAGUGGAGAUGCGGGACGCCAUAAAUUCUAACGAUAUGGGGCUGGACUGGCUGCUGGAAACGCCGCUCCUUGCACCAACAACGUCGGCGCUUGAUGCCUCGUCCGUGCUGCAUUCAUCGCCGGCCAUGAUGCUGGAAUCGCCCGAGCACGGCACAUCCAUUACGUACAGCCUGAGCCCCGUCCCAGACGAGCAUGAACACAGCUGCGCGGAGCCGUUCCUCGACGCAUUCUCCCUCGAGCACACCGAGUGUGCACAGAUGAUACCCGCGCAUCUGCACUCUGUGUCACCCAAGACACAUGCGCCGCACGAGCCAUGGGCGGUGGAAGGGGAAAUCCAGAUCCCGAUGGCGAUCCUGCCGCUCGUAUCUGCGCUUGGUCUCGCUCCGUACCCUGCGGACGACCCCUUCUACUACCCCGGUAAUGGCUGGCAGAAUGCCAAGCCUGGUCAGAUUCUCAAGCAACGCAAGAUUCAAGCUGCUAGUGUCGGUUUGUUGCACUUGAACGUGCUGGACGCGUACCAAAUGCUGUACCGUUCGAACUCCAACACUGCACACACUCCGUCGUACUCUGUUACCACCGUGCUUGUGCCGCACGGUGCCAAGAAGGAUCACAUGGUCGUGAUUUCGUCUCCUGAAAAUGCCAACGCUGGCAAGUGUGCUCCUUCGUACGCUUUCCGCUACACUGGUGUCCUCGAGCUCACCAACUUUGAGCCGCGCUGGGAGCAGAUGAUUUACACUCUCUUCCUCGAAGAGGGAUGGGUUGUCAACGCCCCUGACCACGAGGGCCCUGCUUCUGCCUUUGCUGCUGGUCGCCUUGGUGGCCACCUUCUUCUCGACAGUAUCCGUGCCACCCUUAACCACAAGGGAAUUGGCAUGGCCAAGAACGCUAUGAUCAUUGGUCACGGUUACUCGGGUGGCUCUAUCCCGACUGGUUGGGCUGCUAGCUUGAUGCCCCACUAUGCUCCCGAGCUCAACAUUGUUGGCUGGUCGCUUGGUGGUACUGCUUCGGACCCUGGUAUGACUCUUCAGUACCUCGACGGUCAGGCCACGGCUGCGCUUGUGCUUUGCGGUGCCGUUGGUCUUAUUGAUGGCUACCACGACGAACUUUACGACCUGUUUGACCAGCAAAUCUGGACCGACACUGCCAAGCGCGCUGUCGACAUUGCCCACAAUGCUUGCAUUUACGAGAUGGUAUUCCGCUUCAUUGGUGAGAAGAUCCAGUCGCCCAAGUACAUCAAGGGUGGCCACAACUUGUCUUCGUUCCCCCAGGUGCAGUCUAUUCUUAACUCGCUCAUUUUGGGCAGGGACCCCAAGUUUGUGCCCAAGCAGCCCGUGAACAUGUUCCACGCUGCAUAUGACGAGGAGAUUGUCUGGUACCAGGCCAACAACACUGCCGUCAACUGGUGCAACCAGGGCGCCAACAUCCGCUUCCUCACGGAGACUUCGCGUGAUCUUAACCACGUUUCUACCUACCUCCUUAACGUUCCCUACAUUAUCCAGUACAUGCGCGACCGCUUUUUGGGCAAGGACUUUUAUGGCGGUGGUUGCCAGUUUGACACGCUUGAAUCGGACCCCUUGUUUGACGUGUCGAUUCUCGGCGAGCGCUUCCGCGAGGCUCUUCAGGCCAUUCUCGACUUGCUCGGCAAGGAGAUUGGCCCUGGCGACAGUAUCAUUAACGGCAAGAUUCGCAACAAGCAAAACCCCAACAGGGAGGGUCUUGUGCACAUCAAGGGUCUCGAUUCGCGCGUUGUCUCCCCCGGUGAGGGUGGUAACGACACGCCUGCUUCCAAGGCCGUUCGCAAGACGAACCAACCUAGUGACCAUGAUCAGGACGUUGGUAACACAAACCAACAGAAGUCGAGCAUUCCUCAGACCAACGACACUGCGAAUGCUGCCAAGAACGCAUUCCACGGCACUGGCAACAAAAAGUCCAGAAAGAAUAGCCAGCACUCUGCAGCUCAUGGAGCUGCUAAGAGCAGCAGCUCUUAA